UGGCUGGCGGCGGGAGAUUCAAACUUGCAAAAGGAGAAACAUGGAGGAGAGAGGAGCGGGCCCCGGCAGGGCGGUCUAUGAACGCCUCACAGCUGAGGAGAUGGACGAGCAGAGGCGGCAGAACGUUGCCUAUCAGUACCUGUGCCGGCUGGAGGAAGCCAAACGCUGGAUGGAGGCCUGCCUGAAGGAGGAGCUUCCUUCCCCCGUGGAGCUAGAGGAGAGUCUCCGGAAUGGAGUGCUGCUGGCCAAGCUGGGCCACUGUUUUGCACCCUCUGUGGUCCCCUUGAAGAAGAUCUAUGACAUGGAGCAGCUGCGGUACCAGGCAACUGGCUUGCACUUCCGUCACACAGACAACAUUAAUUUUUGGCUCUCUGCGAUAGCCCACAUCGGUCUGCCUUCGACCUUCUUCCCGGAGACCACGGACAUCUACGACAAGAAGAACAUGCCUCGAGUGGUCUAUUGCAUCCAUGCACUCAGUCUCUUCCUCUUCCGGCUAGGCUUGGCCCCUCAGAUACAUGAUCUAUACGGGAAAGUGAAGUUCACAGCUGAGGAACUCAGCAACAUGGCCUCGGAGCUGGCCAAAUAUGGCCUUCAGCUGCCUGCCUUCAGCAAAAUCGGGGGCAUCCUGGCCAAUGAGCUCUCAGUGGAUGAGGCUGCAGUCCAUGCAGCUAUUCUUGCCAUCAAUGAGGCAGUGGAGCGGGGAGUGGUUGAGGACACUCUGGCUGCCUUGCAGAAUCCCAGUGCUCUGCUGGGGAAUCUUCGAGAGCCUCUGGCAGCCAUCUACCAGGAGCUGUUGGCCCAGGCCAAGAUGGAGAAGGCUGCAAAUGCCAGGAACUGUUAUUUGCAGGAUGAUGGAAAAAACCAGGACAUCUAUGACUGCUACCUAACUCAGGCUGAAAUCCAGGGCAACAUCAACCAUGUCAAUGUCCAUGGGGCUCUAGAAGCUGUUGAUGAUGCUUUGGAAAGACAGAGCCCUGAGGCCUUGCUUAAGGCCCUUCAAGACCCUGCCCUGGCCUUGCGAGGGGUGAGGAGUGAUUUUGCCAACUGGUACCUGGAACAGCUGAGCUCGGACAGAGAGCAGAAAGCACAGGAGCUAGGCCUAGUGGAGCUCCUGGAAAAGGUGGAGAUUCAAGCUGGUGUGGCUGCUGCCAACAUGAAGGGUGAUCAGGAACAAGCCAUGCUCCAGGCUGUGCGGAGGAUCAACAAAGCCAUCCAGAAGGGAAUGGCAGCUGACACAGUGAAGGAGCUGAUGUGCCCUGAAGCCCAGCUGCCUCCUGUGUACCCCUUUGCCUCGACUGUGUACCAGCAGGAGCUAGCAGUACUCCAGCAGCAGCAGGGGGAGCUUGGUCAGGAGGAGCUCUUUGUGGCCGUGGAGAUGUUGUCAGCUGUGGUCCUGAUUAACCAGGCCCUGGAGGCCCGUGAUGCCAGUGGCUUCUGGAGCAGCCUGGUGAACCCUGCCACGGGCCUGGCCGAGGUGGAAGGAGAGAAUGCUCAUCGUUACUUUGAUGCUCUGGUAAAGCUGCGACAGGUGCAAGGAGUGGAUGGGGCCUUCUUGAGCUGGAAUGACCUGCAGGCCACUGUGAGCCAGGUCAACGCCCAGGUCCAGGAAGAGACCAAUCAGGUCUUUGCGGUCAGCCUCAUCAAUGAGGCUCUGAACCAAGACAGCCCUGAGAAGACCCUAUUUGCCCUGUUGCUUCCCUCGGCUGGCCUGGACAAUGUCAACCUUCCUGUUGCCCCUCGGUACCAUCUUCUCCUCGUGGCAGCCAAAAGGCAGAAGGCCCAGAGGACAGGAGAUCCUGGAGCUGUGCUGUGGCUGGAAGAGAUCCGCCAGGAAGUGGCUAGAGCCAACCAGGACACAGACGCAGCUCAGAGAAUGGCUCUUGGUGUGGCUGCCAUCAAUCAGGCCAUCAAGGAGGGCAAAGCAGCCCAGACAGAGCGGGUGUUGAGGAAUCCCGCUGUGGGCCUCCGAGGGGUGGUUCCUGACCUUGCCGAUGGCUACCAGCGGGUCCUGGAAGAUGCCAUGGCAAAGAAGAGGCGCGCAGGGGACACAGCUUUCUGGGUUCAACAUGACAUGAAGGAUGGCACUGCCUACUACUUCCAUCUACAGACCUUCCAGGGUACCUGGGAACGACCCCUUGGCUGCCACCUCAACACCUCCCACCUGACUCGUGAGGAGAUCCAGGCAGCCGUCACCAAGGUUGCUGCUGCCCAUGACCGCCAACAGCUCUGGAAGGCCAACGUUGGCUUUGUCGUCCAACUCCAGGCCUGUCUCCGUGGCUUCCUGGUUCGGCAGAAGUUUGCUGAGCAUUCGCACUUUCUGAGGACCUGGCUCCCAGCAGUCAUCAAGAUCCAGGCCCAUUGGCGGGGUUACAGACAACGGAAGCUUUACUUGGAACGGCUGCAGUAUUUAAAAGCAAACGUAGAUGCUGUAAUCAAGAUUCAAGCUUGGGCCCGGAUGUGGGCUGCUCGAAGGCAAUACCAGAGGCGACUGGGCUACUUCCAGAAGAAUGUUGACUCUGUCAUUAAGAUCCAGGCGUUUUUCCGAGCCAGGAAAGCCCGAGAUGACUACAGGAGGUUAGUCCAUACGCCCCAUCCCCCUCUCAGCGUGGUAUGCAGAUUUGUCCACCUCUUGAAUCAAAGCCAGCAGGACUUCUUGGCUGAGGCAGAGCUGCUAAAGCUACAAGAAGAGGUGGUCAGAAAGAUCCGGUCCAACCAGCAGCUGGAGCAGGACCUCAACCUCCUGGACAUCAAGAUUGGCCUGCUGGUGAAGAACCGGAUCACCCUGCAGGAGGUAGUCUCCCACUGCAAGAAGCUGACCAAGAAGAAUAAGGAACAGCUGUCGGAUAUGAUGGUUCUGGACAAGCAGAAGGGACUGAAGUCGCUGAGCAAAGAGAAACGGCAGAAACUAGAAGCUUACCAACACCUCUUUUACCUGCUCCAGACUCAACCCAUCUACCUGGCCAAGCUGAUCUUUCUGAUGCCACAGAACAAAACCACCAAGUUCAUGGAGUCGGUGAUUUUCGGCCUCUACAACUAUGCCUCCAACCGCCGUGAGGCCUAUCUCCUGCUCCAGCUGUUCAAGACAGCACUCCAGGAGGAAAUCAAGUCAAAGGUGGAACAGCCCCAGGACAUGGUGACAGGCAACCCAACUGUGGUGAGGCUGGUGGUGAGAUUCUACCGUAAUGGGCGUGGCCAGAGUGCCCUGAUGGAGAUCCUGGGCAAGGUUGUCCAGGACGUGCUGGAGGACAAGAUGCUGAGCAUCCACACAGACCCUGUUCACAUCUACAAGAGCUGGAUCAACCAGACGGAGGCCCAGACGGGGAAGCGCAGCCACCUCCCCUACAACGUCACCUCGGAGCAGGCCUUGAGCCACUCUGAGGUCCAGAGACGACUGGACAUCUCCCUUCGCACCCUCCUUGCCACAACUGAUAAGUUCCUGGUAGCCAUCAUCUCAUCUGUGGACCAAAUUCCCUACGGGAUGCGGUAUGUGGCCAAGGUCCUGAAGGUGACUCUGGCGGAGAAGUUCCCUGAUGCCACCGAAACGGAAAUCUAUAAGGUUGUGGGGAACCUCCUGUACUACCGCUUCCUGAACCCAGCUGUAGUGGCCCCUGACGCCUUUGACAUUGUGGCCAUGGCCGCAGGCGGUGCCCUGGCCACCCCCCAGCGCCACACCCUGGGGGCUGUGGCUCAACUCCUGCAGCUUGCCGCAGCUGGCAAAACCUUCUCUGGGGAGAGCCAGCACCUGCGAGUCCUGAAUGAUUAUCUGGAGCAGAUACACCUCAAGUUCAGGAGGUUCGUCUGCCGAGCCUGCCAGGUGCCCGAGCCAGAAGAGCAUUUUGCAGUGGAUGAGUACUUGGAUAUGGUGGCCGUGUCUAAACCCGUGGUGUACAUCACCGUGGGGGAGCUGAUCAACACACACAAGCUGUUGCUGGAGCACCAGGACUGGAUUGCUCCUGGUCACCAGGACCCUCUUCAUGAGCUCCUGGAGGACCUUGGAGAGCUGCCCACUGUCCCUGACCUCAUCGGGGGAAAUGUAGGUGCAGACGGGAACGUGGAUCUGAGCAAACUAGAAGUGUCCCUGACACUUACCAACAAGUUUGAAGGGCUGGAGACAGACGCUGAUGAUACCAGUGCCCGCAGCCUACUUCUGAGCACCAAGCAGUUGCUAGCCGACAUCAUGCAGUUCCACCCUGGGGACUCCUUCAAGGAGAUCCUGUCCCUCCUGGCAUCUGGCCCACAGGAAGCAGCUCACAGGCAGCUGAUGUGCCGACGCCAGGCCUGUGAGGCCCAGAACUCAGAGCUGCUUCGGCGACACCGCUCACUGACGGCUGGCUCCCUCCUGCCGCUGGCAGAGAAGCAGAGGCGUGUCCUGCGGAACCUGCGCCGACUGGAGAGCCUGGGGUUGGUCAGUGCCAGCGAUGGCUACCAGGGGCUGGUGGACAAACUGGCCAAGGACAUCCGUAACCAGCGCAGGCACCGGCAGCGGCGGAAGGCAGAGCUGAUGAAGCUCCAGGCCACACUCCGAGGCCUGAGUGCGAAGACCACCUUCUAUGAGGAGCAGGGUGACUACUACAGCCAGUACAUCCGGGCCUGCCUGGGCCACCUGGCCCCCGGCUGCAAGAGUUCUGGGAAAGGGAAGAAGCAGCUCUCUCUUCAUUACACUGCUGCCCAGCUCCUGGACAAGGGUGUCUUGGUGGAAAUUGAAGACCUUCCCACCUCUCACUUCAGAAAUGUGAUCUUUGACAUCACUCCUGGAGACGAGGCGGGAAAGUUUGAAGUAAAUGCCAAGUUCCUGGGCGUGGACAUGGAGCGGUUUCAGCUUCAUUAUCAGGACCUCCUGCAGCUUCAGUACGAGGGUGUGGCUGUCAUGAAACUCUUCAACAAGGCCAAGGUCAAUGUGAACCUUCUCAUUUUCCUCCUCAACAAGAAAUUCUUGCAGAAGCGACAGAGGCAAUGAGAGUGGUGCUACCCUAGCCCUUAACUCGCAGGAUGCUUUUUUUUUUUUUAACCCUAAUACACUAUUCUGCUUCCCUGCAGACACCCAGAGCUCCCUAGCUGGGAAGAGUUUGUCUACCUGGCCACAGGGAGAGUCUUUAAUUGGCUAAAGUCAGCCUUGCCCCAGAGUCUGGCUGUGUGACUUUUAAGUCCCAGAACCUCAUAGUUUUCCAGCUAGAUGGCAGGGCAUGAACCUAGGUGGGAUAGAACCUGCCCUUUGGCCUGGGAAGGCAAUUGCACUUGUGUCUACAGCUGCCCUCCCGUGAUUACCCCGAUAUUACUGCACUGCACCUGCAGCCUUAUUUCCUCUAACUUCUCUGCAGACCCCAAGGCCAGAGCCAGGCUCCCUAUCCCAAUCCCACUAUAUCAACAGUGGGUGUUCCUGCCCUGCUGCAGCCCAGGCCACCCUGCUGCUCUGACCCCUUGCACCCUCCAGCCCCUCACCCUCACACCCAGGAGGGGGCAGACAGUGCGAGGCAGUGCCCAUGUGGCGUUGUGGCACUGUUACCCUCCAUGGUGGCAAGGCAAGCUGACCCUCUAUUAACCUCAACUUCCACUCCUUUGUUUACGGUCUGUUUUAUAUGUGGAUCACUAGACUAUUUAUUCUCUCCCAGCCUUACACAUUGGAUUAUGGUUUUAAUUCUUUCAUCUUUUUGAGUUCAGAAAAAGAGUUCUCAUUUCCCUUGUUCAAACUGAUAUUUAUGCCAAUCUUUUAUACCUUGUAUUUAAAGUCACCUUAGGUCACCCCAAUAAAUUGAGUUUUAAUAAAAAGACUCAGGGUGAAAACCUGAAAAGAUGAAAUGCAGUUACCUUAGGCCAAGGGCAAUAGUCCCACUCAUUAUUUCAGCUUUGUGUGGUACAGAAAGCGGCCUUUCCCUUUUCUCUUUGACCCUCAGGACUCUGUACCUUAGAGCUGACUCUUCCAGGCAGUUUUGAUAAUCUGCAGCCUUGUCUCUGCCACUGUCUCUUGUCCCCACAUCUACCAACUUCCUGUCCCCGUUGCCCUUCUGAUCGCUUUUCAAUUAAAGCCAUUAUUACUCCA